ACUAGGAAGUGAGGCGGUAACUAAGGAAAUCUUGGGGACUGAAUAAAGACGAAUUUCAGUAGAAAUGCAAAUCUUAGACUAGUUUUGAUAAACAACAGUAAGCCAUUCAGUUCACCGCCAAAGGGGUAAAUGGCUUUGCCGACCCUCUCGGCCCACGUGCCCAGCCGGUCCCGGGUGCUGGCCGGACAGAUGGCCCGGCAGCGGGAGCAGGAGGCCCGGUGGCGGCAGCAGUGGGAGCUGCAUGCUCAGUACUUCAGGGAGCAGAGUGUCCGCAGCCAGAGACAGGCGGCGUGGAGCUCCCACCGGUCCUACCAGCAGAGUAUGUCAGCAUACCAUAAACAGAGACUGAAGGAGGAAAAGAAGGCCAGCCUGGAGCAGCGCAGGGAUCGGCUCAGGGCCAUGCUUCAAGAGGAGCGAGACCGGCUGGAGGCGGAGCUGAGGGAAGUAGUUCCUGACAGGAGCACAUUGGCAAAUCAGCUGGUGCAAAAGACUGAAGAGCUUCGCACAGCAAGAGAGGAAAGAAGAAAAAAGCUUGCCCAAGAGCUGCUGAGGGAGCACUGGAAGAAAAACAACGCAGAGCUGAGAGAGGUUGAGUCGUCAUUACAUAAAGAUCAUGUUGUCAGCCAAUGGCAGGAGCAGAUAUCUGAGAAGAAACAGCAAGAAGUGGCUGAGCAGAAAGAGAAGAGACGCUUUGAGAAUGAAUAUGAGAGGACCCGAAAAGAGGCUCUGGAGAGGAUGAAGCAAGCAGAGGAGAGAAAGCAUGAAGAGGAGCAGAAGAGGGCAGAGGAACUUUGCAAACAGAUGGAAGAACUGCAGCUGAGAGAGGAGGAGGCAACUCGCCUGAAGAAGGAGCAAGAGGCUCUGCUGGUCAAACAAUGGGAGCUGGAGAAAUUAGAGGAGGACAGGAGAAAGGUGGAGGAGAGGCGGAGGAAGUCUGAGAUGGGGCAUUUUUUGAUCCGUCAAUAUCGUGCUCAGCUGAAGAGGAGAGCCCAGCAAGUGCAGAAAGAACUGGAGGCUGACCGUGAGAUCCUGGCAGCCUUACUGGAAGGAGAGCAGGAGAACAGGAGGAUAGAGACGGCACGAAGGGAGCGGGCAAUCGCUGAUGCUGCGUGGAUGAAACGUGUGAUUGAGGAGCAGCUGCAGUUAGAGCAAGAGAGGGAGGCUGAGUUUGACAUCCUACACAGAGAAGAAGCUCAACGUGUGUGGGAGAAACGAGAGGCACAGUGGGAGAAAGAGAGGAAAGCCAGAGAACGGCUCAUGCAAGAGGUGCUUUCGGGGAGACAGCAGCAGCUUGAGCUGAAGAUGCAAAAGAACCGAGAGGCUCAGGAGGAGUCCCUGAGGAGACGAGAACAGCUGAUUCAGGAGCUGGAGCUAGAGAGAGAGACCAGGCGCCAGGAAAAGGAGGAAGAGGAGGGCCGUAGGACUGCACGGAUGCGAGAGAUAAAUGCUCAGGUGGAGCAGCAGCGCCAAGAGCAGUGGGAGGAGCAGUGCAGGUUAGAGCAGGACGAGGAGGAGGACAGGGAGGCUCAUCAGAUCCAGGAGGAGGAGCUGAGGCUGGAGGUGCAGAGGAUGACCAAGAAAGGGUACCAGGAGAAGAUUCACAGCAGACCUCGAUCAGCCUGGACAUGAGCAACCUGUGAGACUGAAAUCAAAACUUAAUAGUGAGAUGUGUAUUUUUUUUCUACCUGUAAAUUAGCUUUAAAGGAUAGUUUCACUUUUUUUAAAGUCUGUCUGGAAACAAUGCUCAAAUACCUACAUGUGUAUCAUAACAAUUAGUAGUCACUGUAUUUGUCAAACUUUUAAUCAAGUGGUCAAAAUUCUCUCUUUUUGCCCUCUUGAACAGUGUUUACUUGCUGAGACAUAGUGGAGGCCACAUGCUCAGGCAAGCUCAGUGCGCUCUACAUAUUGGGCUAAUGUCUUUUAUAUUGUAAGGUUUUGGUGAAAAUGCAUGUUUUUGGGAAAUACUGAGCAAUUCAAUUCAUAAAGAAUGUUGCCUUUUUGUAUUCUCCGUUAACCAUAAAGGCACACAAGAAAACCACCGUUUUCUUCAUGAUUUCAGAGUGACAAAGAGUAAGAAACUGAUAUAUAAAUCAUCAUUUUGCAGGUGUAGUAUUCUUUUAACUUUUAAAGACAGAUAAAGGACUGUGUACACUACUUGUAUGAGGACAAUUAACAAUUUCAUGAACUAUCUUUAAAUGUGCAUAUGGACAUGUUAGUAUUGUUUCAAGACAGAGGGAACAUAUUAUUUAAUGCCUUUUUUAAAAAAUGAAGCUUUCAUGUAGGUUAUGAGGUAAUUUUGUGCCAUCUUGUUGUUAAAUUUAAUACUGCUUGUUUGCAUAUGUAGAGAAGAUUUGAUGGAUUUUUUUGCACUUUUAGAGCUGCUAAAGGAGUAUAUUUUUGCUAAGCAGAAUUUGUAGACUGUUUUCAAUAAAGUAUGCCAAUCAAA